AUGAAGAAGGCCCUAAAUAUUCUAAAACGUAAAAAGAACAUAAUGGGCAUUUUGGAUGCAACCGAGUGUAGAAAUCUGAGUUACAGCAAAACUUUAUGGAAGUAUCAGCAGUCCUGUGAUCCUGGUGAAUUUCUUUGCCACGAUCAUGUGACUUGUGUCUCCCAGAGCUGGCUGUGUGAUGGGGACCCUGACUGCCCUGAUGAUUCAGACGAGUCUUUAGAUACCUGUCCUGAAGAGGUAGAAAUCAAGUGUCCCCUGAAUCACAUCGCUUGCCCUGGUGCCCGCAAAUGUGUUCACUUGUCCCAGCUGUGCGACGGCGUCUUGGACUGCUCAGAUGGGUACGAUGAAGGAGCGCAGUGCCGGGAACUGUUGUCCAAUUGCCAGCAGUUGAAUUGUCAGUAUAAAUGUGCAGUGGUCAGAAAUAGUACAAGAUGUUACUGUCAAGAUGGAUUUGAAGUAAAAGAAGAUGGAAGAAGCUGUAAAGAUCAAGAUGAAUGUGCCAUGUAUGGUGCAUGCAGCCAGACCUGCGUAAACACGUAUGGAUCCUAUGCUUGCGGUUGUGUGGAAGGCUACAUAAUGCAGCCAGACAACAGAUCUUGCAAAGCCAAAAAUGAACCUACAGACAGGCCACCUAUGCUGUUAAUUGCAAAUUCUGAAACCAUUGAGGUCUUCUAUCUUAAUGGAAGUAAAAUGGCAACCCUGACCUCAGUCAAUGGAAAUGAAAUUCAUGCUCUGGAUUUUAUUUAUAAUGAAGAUAUGAUUUGUUGGAUUGAAUCUAGAGAAUCUUCAAAUCAGCUCAAAUGUAUUCAGAUAACAAGAACAGGAAGAUUAACAGAUGAAUGGACAAUCAAUAUUCUUCAAUCCUUCCACAAUGUGGAGCACAUGGCGAUUGACUGGCUCACCAGAAAUCUCUACUUUGUGGACCAUGUCAGUGACCGGAUCUUUGUUUGCAAUUACAACGGGUCUGUGUGUGUCACCCUGAUUGAUCUGGAGCUUCAUAAUCCGAAGGCAAUAGCCGUAGAUCCGAUAGCAGGAAAACUUUUCUUUACUGACUACGGGAAUGUGGCCAAAGUGGAGCGGUGUGACAUGGAUGGCAUAAACAGAACAAGGAUAAUUGAUUCAAAGACAGAGCAGCCAGCUGCACUGGCACUAGACCUAGUCAACAAAUUGGUUUACUGGGUAGAUCUUUACUUGGACUGUGUGGAAGUUGUGGACUACCAAGGAAAGAACAGACAUACUAUUAUUCAAGGCAGACAAGUCAGACAAUUUUAUGGAAUAACUGUGUUUGAAGACUAUUUAUAUGCAACCAUUUCUGAUAACUUCAACAUCAUAAGGAUAAACCGAUUUAAUGCCACAGAUAUGCAUUCAUUCAUUAAAAUGGAAAAUGCCCGAGGACUCCGAAUCUAUCACAAAAGAACUCAACCUAUAGUCAGAAGCCAUGCGUGUGAAGUGGAUCCAUAUGGACUGCCAGGGGGAUGUUCGCACAUCUGUCCGCUCAGCAGCAGCUACAAAACACGGACCUGUCGCUGCAGGACUGGCUUCAACUUGGGAAGUGAUGGCAGGUCAUGCAAAAGACCCAAGAAUGAGUUGUUCCUUUUUUAUGGGAAAGGACGCCCAGGAAUUGUUAGAGGAAUGGACUUGAAUACCAAGAUAGCUGAUGAAUACAUGAUCCCCAUAGAAAAUCUGGUAAACCCUCGAGCUUUAGAUUUUCAUGCAGAAACCAAUUAUAUCUACUUUGCUGACACCACCAGUUUCCUAAUUGGCCGGCAGAAGAUAGAUGGCACAGAGCGAGAAACCAUCCUGAAAGAUGACCUGGACAAUGUGGAGGGCAUUGCUGUGGACUGGAUCGGACACAACCUUUACUGGACAAACGAUGGCUCCAGGAAGACCAUCAACGUGGCCCGGCUGGAGAAGGCCGCUCAGAGUCGGAAGACCCUUCUGGAGGGAGAGAUGUCCCACCCCAGAGGGAUUGUGGUGGAUCCUGUUAAUGGUUGGAUGUAUUGGACAGACUGGGAGGAAGAUGAGAUAGACGACAGCGUGGGAAGGAUCGAGAAGGCCUGGAUGGACGGCUUCAAUCGGCAGAUUUUUGUGACUUCAAAGAUGCUGUGGCCAAACGGUUUAACUCUGGACUUUCACACCAGCACCUUAUACUGGUGUGAUGCCUAUUAUGACCAUAUUGAAAAGGUGUUUUUGAAUGGAACUCACAGGAAGGUUGUUUACAGUGGGAAAGAGUUGAACCAUCCUUUUGGACUGUCACAUUAUGGGAAUUAUGUGUUCUGGACUGAUUAUAUGAAUGGUUCCAUUUUUCAACUAGAUUUGAUAACGAAUGUGGUGACAUUACUGAGGCGAGAAAGACCACCCCUGUUUGGGCUUCAGAUUUAUGAUCCACGAAAGCAACAAGGUGACAAUAUGUGCCGAGUGAAUAACGGGGGCUGUAGUACACUGUGCUUGGCCAUCCCAGGAGGCCGAGUAUGUGCUUGUGCUGAUAAUCAACUUUUAGAUGAAAACGGAACAACUUGCACAUUUAAUCCGGGAGAAGUAUUACCUCACGUAUGUAAGGCUGGAGAAUUUCGUUGCAAGAACAGGCACUGCAUCCAAGCGCGGUGGAAAUGUGAUGGUGAUGAUGACUGUCUGGACGGAAGUGAUGAAGAUUCAGAGAAUUGCUCCAAUCAUAGCUGUCCUGAUGAUCAAUUUAAAUGCAAGAACAAUCGCUGUAUCCCCAAGAGAUGGCUUUGUGAUGGAGCUAAUGAUUGUGGGAGCAAUGAAGACGAAUCCAAUCAAACUUGCGCAGCCAGAACAUGCCAUGUGGACCAGUUUUCUUGUGGCAACGGGCGCUGCAUUCCCAGAGCAUGGCUGUGUGACAGGGAAGAUGACUGUGGUGAUAAGACAGAUGAAAUGACAUCUUGUGAAUUCCCAACUUGUGAGCCACUAACUCAAUUUAUAUGCAAAAGUGGAAGGUGCAUUAGCAGCAAAUGGCACUGCGACUCUGACGAUGACUGUGGGGACGGGAGUGAUGAAGUCGGCUGUGUUCACUCUUGCCUUGAUCACCAGUUCAGAUGCUCCAGCGGCAGAUGCAUCCCCGGCCAUUGGGCCUGCGAUGGUGACAAUGACUGUGGAGACUUCAGUGAUGAAACCCAAAGCAAUUGUACCAAGGAAGAGAUUCGUUCUCCUGCUGGUUGUAAUGGGAAUGAAUUCCAAUGCCAUCCUGAUGGAAAUUGUAUCCCUGACCUGUGGCGUUGUGAUGGGGAAAAAGACUGUGAAGAUGGUAGUGAUGAAAAAGGCUGUAAUGGCACCUUACGGUUGUGUGAUCACAAAACCAAGUUUUCCUGUCGGAGUACAGGGAGAUGCAUCAACAAAGCAUGGGUAUGUGAUGGAGAUAUUGAUUGUGAAGAUCAGUCCGAUGAAGACGACUGUGACAGUUUCUUGUGUGGACCACCCAAGUACCCUUGUGCUAACGACACUUCAGUCUGCCUGCAGCCAGAGAAGCUCUGCAAUGGGAGAAGGGAUUGCCUGGACGGGUCUGAUGAAGGCGAUCUCUGUGAUGAAUGUUCUCUGAACAACGGAGGCUGUAGCAACCACUGUUCUGUUGUUCCUGGAAGAGGAAUUGUCUGCUCCUGCCCUGAAGGACUUCAGCUCCACAAAGACAAUAAAACGUGUGAGAUUGUGGAUUAUUGUAGCAAUCACCUAAAGUGCAGUCAAGUGUGUGAGCAGCACAAGCACACGGUCAAGUGCUCAUGUUAUGAGGGGUGGAAGCUGGAUGUAGACGGUGAAAGUUGCACAAGUAUUGAUCCCUUUGAAGCAUUCAUCAUCUUUUCUAUUCGCCAUGAAAUCAGAAGGAUUGAUCUUCAUAAAAGAGACUAUAGUCUACUUGUUCCUGGAUUGAGAAACACAAUAGCUCUUGAUUUUCACUUCAAUCAAAGUUUACUUUAUUGGACAGAUGUUGUAGAAGACAGAAUAUAUCGAGGCAAGCUUUCUGAAAGUGGAGAAAUGAAAAAAUUUCUUCUUUACGCAAGGCGUUCUGAGAUCAGAGGAGUGGAUAUUGACAACCCGUAUUUUAACUUUAUCACGGCAUUUACGGUCCCUGAUAUUGAUGAUGUUACUGUGAUAGACUUCGAUGCAUCUGAAGAACGUUUAUACUGGACAGAUAUUAAAACACAAACCAUUAAACGUGCUUUUAUUAAUGGAACUGGACUAGAAACUGUUAUUUCAAGAGAUAUUCAGAGUAUCAGAGGGCUAGCAGUGGAUUGGGUCUCACGGAAUUUGUACUGGAUUAGCUCAGAAUUUGAUGAAACACAGAUUAAUGUGGCAAGACUAGAUGGCUCUUUGAAAACCUCAAUUAUUCAUGGAAUUGAUAAGCCACAGUGUCUGACAGCUCACCCAGUCAGGGGGAAACUUUACUGGACAGAUGGAAACACAAUCAACAUGGCAAACAUGGAUGGCAGUAAUAGCAAAAUUCUUUUUCAGAAUCAAAAGGAACCAGUGGGUCUAUCAAUAGACUAUGUGGAAAACAAGCUUUAUUGGAUCAGUUCCGGAAAUGGAACCAUAAAUAGAUGCAACCUAGAUGGUGGUAAUUUAGAAGUAAUAGAGUCAAUGAAAGAAGAAUUAACAAAAGCUACAGCCCUAACCAUCAUGGAUAAGAAACUAUGGUGGGCAGACCACAACUUAGCUCAGCUGGGAACCUGCAGCAAAAGAGACGGAAGGAACCCCACUGUCCUGAGAAAUAAGACUUCUGGAGUGGUACAUAUGAAAGUGUACGAUAAAGCGGCACAGCAAGGCAGCAAUUCCUGCCAGCUAAAUAAUGGUGGAUGCUCUCAGCUUUGUUUACCAACCUCUGAAACUACAAGGACUUGCAUGUGUACAGUGGGAUAUUAUCUCCAAAAGAACCGCAUGUCAUGUCAAGGUAUAGAGUCAUUUCUUAUGUACUCCGUCCACGAAGGAAUCAGGGGCAUACCUCUGGAACCAAGUGACAAAAUGGAUGCGUUGAUGCCUAUAUCUGGAACCUCUUUUGCUGUGGGAAUAGAUUUCCAUGCAGAAAAUGAUACCAUCUACUGGACAGACAUGGGCUUCAAUAAAAUUAGUCGAGCUAAAAGAGACCAAACUUGGAAAGAAGAUAUCAUUACCAAUGGCUUGGGAAGAGUGGAAGGGAUUGCUAUUGACUGGAUUGCUGGUAACAUAUAUUGGACAGAUCAUGGUUUCAACUUGAUUGAAGUUGCAAGACUCAAUGGAUCUUUCCGUUAUGUAAUUAUUUCCCAAGGCCUGGAUCAGCCAAGAUCUAUAGCUGUGCACCCAGAGAAAGGCUACUUGUUCUGGACUGAAUGGGGACAGAUGCCGUGCAUUGGGAAGGCUCGCUUAGAUGGCUCGGAGAAGGUUGUCCUCGUAAGCAUGGGAAUCGCAUGGCCUAAUGGCAUCUCCAUUGACUAUGAGGAAAAUAAAUUGUACUGGUGUGAUGCCCGCACAGACAAAAUAGAAAGAAUCGACCUUGAGACUGGAGGGAAUCGCGAGAUGGUGCUGGCAGGGAGCAAUGUGGAUAUGUUUUCAGUUGCCGUCUUUGGGGCUUACAUCUACUGGUCUGACAGAGCACAUGCCAACGGGUCCAUCAGGAGGGGCCACAAAAAUGAUGCUACAGAAACCAUAACCAUGAGAACGGGGCUUGGAGUCAACCUGAAGGAGGUUAAAAUCUUUAACCGAGUAAGAGAGAAAGGGACCAAUGUUUGUGCCAAGGACAAUGGUGGAUGCCAGCAACUUUGUCUUUAUAGAGGAAAUUCCCGGAGAACUUGUGCUUGUGCCCAUGGUUCUUUGGCAGAGGAUGGAGUUACUUGCCGAAGGCAUGAAGGCUAUUUGCUGUAUUCAGGGAGAACGAUAUUAAAAAGCAUACAUCUUUCUGAUGAAGCCAAUUUAAACUCACCAAUAAGGCCAUAUGAGAACCCACAUUAUUUCAAGAAUGUCAUAGCCUUGGCUUUUGACUAUAAUCAACAAAGAAGAGGUACCAACCGAAUUUUUUACAGUGAUGCACACUUUGGAAAUAUACAGCUUAUUAAAGAUAACUGGGAAGACAGACAAGUCAUUGUUGAAAAUGUGGGUUCUGUUGAAGGCCUUGCCUAUCACCGAGCCUGGGAUACACUGUACUGGACCAGCUCCACUACCUCAUCCAUCACCAGACACACAGUAGACCAGACUCGGCCCGGAGCCUUUGACAAGGAGGCUGUCAUCACCAUGUCAGAGGAUGACCAUCCACAUGUGCUCACCCUGGAUGAAUGCCAAAAUUUAAUGUUUUGGACCAACUGGAAUGAACAGCAUCCAAGUAUUAUGAGAUCUACCCUGACUGGGAAAAAUGCUCAAGUGGUGGUCAGUACAGACAUACUCACUCCCAAUGGCCUCACCAUUGACCACCGUGCAGAGAAACUUUAUUUCUCGGAUGGCAGCCUAGGAAAAAUUGAAAGGUGCGAAUAUGAUGGGUCCCAGAGACAUGUGAUUGUAAAAUCGGGGCCAGGGACUUUCCUCAGUUUGGCUGUUUAUGACAAUUACAUCUUUUGGUCAGACUGGGGAAGAAGAGCUAUCCUGCGUUCCAACAAGUACACUGGAGGAGACACAAAAAUUCUCCGUUCUGAUAUUCCACAUCAGCCUAUGGGAAUCAUAGCCGUUGCCAAUGACACCAAUAGCUGUGAACUUUCUCCGUGUGCUCUACUGAAUGGAGGUUGCCAUGACCUGUGCCUUUUAACUCCUAAUGGGAGAGUGAAUUGCUCCUGCAGGGGAGAUCGAAUAUUGGUAGAUGACAACCGAUGUGUGACUAAAAAUUCCUCCUGCAACAUUUAUUCAGAGUUUGAAUGUGGAAAUGGAGAGUGUAUUGACUAUCAACUCACCUGUGAUGGCAUUCCUCAUUGUAAGGAUAAAUCCGAUGAAAAAUUGCUCUACUGUGAAAACAGAAGUUGUCGAAGAGGUUUCAAGCCCUGCUACAAUCGUCGCUGCAUUCCUCACGGCAAGUUAUGUGAUGGUGAAAAUGACUGUGGAGACAGCUCUGAUGAAUUGGAUUGUAAAGUUUCAACCUGUGCCACUGUUGAGUUCCGCUGUGCAGAUGGGACCUGCAUUCCAAGAUCAGCGCGGUGCAACCAGAACGUGGAUUGUGCAGAUGCUUCCGAUGAGAAGAACUGCAAUAACACAGACUGUACACACUUCUAUAAACUUGGAGUGAAAACCACAGGGUUCAUAAGAUGUAAUUCUACCUCACUGUGUAUUCUGCCAACCUGGAUAUGUGAUGGCUCCAAUGACUGUGGAGACUAUUCAGAUGAAUUAAAAUGCCCAGUGCAAAACAAACACAAAUGUGAAGAAAAUUAUUUUGGUUGUCCUAGUGGAAGAUGCAUUUUGAAUUCCUGGAUAUGUGAUGGUCAGAAAGACUGUGAAGAUGGACUUGAUGAAUUACACUGUGAUUCUUCUUGUUCUUGGAACCAAUUUGCCUGUUCUGCACAAAAAUGCAUAUCCAAACACUGGGUGUGUGAUGGAGAGGAUGACUGCGGAGACGGACUGGAUGAAAGUGACAGCAUUUGUGGUGCCAUCACCUGUGCGGCCGACAUGUUCAGUUGCCAGGGCUCCCACGCCUGUGUGCCGCGACACUGGCUGUGUGACGGUGAGCGGGACUGUCCGAAUGGAAGCGACGAGCUCUCCACAGCGGGCUGCGCUCCCAAUAAUACGUGUGAUGAGAAUGCUUUCAUGUGCCGGAAUAAAGUAUGUGUGCCCAAAAAGUUUGUUUGUGACUAUGACGAUGACUGCGGAGAUGGCUCCGAUGAGUCUCAGCAGUGUGAAUACCGACCAUGUAAUGCAGAAGAAUUCAGUUGUGCUGAUGGACGAUGUCUUUUACAUGUGCAAUGGCAGUGUGAUGGAGACUUUGACUGCCCUGACCAUUCCGAUGAAGCACCUUUAAACCCAAAGUGCAAAAGUGCAGAACAGUCAUGCAACAGUUCAUUUUUUAUGUGCAAAAAUGGCAGGUGCAUUCCCAGUGGAGGUCUUUGUGACAAUAAGGAUGACUGUGGCGAUGGCUCAGAUGAGAAAAACUGCCACAUAAAUGAAUGUUUGAGUAAGAAAGUCAGUGGAUGUUCUCAAGAUUGCCAGGACCUCCCAGUUGGUUAUAAGUGCAAAUGCUGGCCUGGAUUCCAACUGAAGGAUGACGGUAAAACGUGUGUAGACGUUGAUGAAUGCUCUACGGGCUUUCCGUGUAGCCAGCGGUGCAUCAAUACAUAUGGGACCUACAAGUGCCUCUGUACAGAUGGCUAUGAAAUACAACCUGAUAACCCAAAUGGCUGCAAAUCUCUUUCAGAUGAAGAACCUUUUUUAAUUCUUGCUGAUCAUCACGAGAUAAGAAAAAUUAGCACCGAUGGCUCCAACUACACCCUUUUAAAACAGGGAUUAAACAAUGUUAUUGCUGUAGACUUUGAUUACAGAGAAGAAUUCAUCUACUGGAUUGAUUCCAGCCGACCCAAUGGCAGCCGCAUAAAUAGAAUGUGUUUAAAUGGAAGUGAUAUUAAGGUAGUGCAUAACACAGCUGUCCCCAAUGCACUUGCUGUUGAUUGGAUUGGAAAAAACCUCUAUUGGUCCGACACAGAGAAAAGGAUCAUUGAAGUAUCCAAAGUCAAUGGCUUAUACCCCACUAUACUCGUUAGCAAAAAGCUGAAGUUUCCCAGGGACCUGUCUUUAGAUCCACGAGCUGGGUAUUUGUAUUGGAUUGACUGCUGUGAGUAUCCGCACAUUGGCCGUGUUGGAAUGGAUGGAACCAAUCAGAGUGUUGUCAUAGACACCAGGAUUUCUAGACCUAUGGCACUAACUAUAGAUUAUGUCAACCAUAGACUCUACUGGGCUGAUGAAAAUCACAUUGAAUUUAGCAACAUGGAUGGAUCUCAUAGACAUAAAGUCCCUAAUCAAGACAUUCCAGGGGUGAUUGCACUAACAUUGUUUGAAGACUACAUCUACUGGACUGAUGGGAAAACCAAGUCACUCAGCCGUGCCCAUAAAACCUCGGGAGCAGACAGACUCUCACUGAUUAACUCAUGGCAUGCCAUCACAGAUAUCCAGGUGUAUCAUUCUUAUAGACAACCCGAUGUCUCCAAACAUCUCUGUAUGAUAAAUAAUGGAGGUUGCAGUCAUCUCUGCCUUUUGGCGCCUGGAAGGACUCAUUCCUGUGCAUGUCCCACCAACUUCUAUCUUGCAGUUGAUAAUAGGACUUGCUUAUCCAACUGCACAGCCAGUCAGUUUCGCUGCAAAACUGAUAAAUGUAUUCCAUUCUGGUGGAAAUGUGACACCGUGGACGACUGUGGUGAUGGAUCUGAUGAACCUGAUGAUUGUCCUGAAUUUAAAUGUCAGCCAGGCCGAUUUCAGUGUGGAACAGGGCUCUGCGCUCUGCCUGCUUUCAUCUGUGAUGGAGAGAAUGACUGCGGAGACAAUUCUGAUGAACUCAACUGUGAUACACAUGUCUGCCUCUCAGGUCAGUUCAAGUGUACCAAGAAUCAGAAAUGUAUCCCAGUAAACCUCAGAUGUAAUGGACAAGAUGACUGUGGUGAUGAGGAAGAUGAAAAGGACUGUCCUGAAAACAGCUGUUCUCCAGACUAUUUUCAAUGUAAAACUACCAAGCAUUGCAUUUCCAAGCUGUGGGUUUGUGAUGAGGAUCCGGACUGUGCAGACGCAUCAGACGAAGCCAACUGUGAUAAGAAAACCUGUGGACCCCAUGAAUUCCAGUGUAAAAACAACAACUGUAUUCCAGAUCACUGGCGGUGUGAUGGCCAAAAUGACUGCAGUGAUAAUUCAGACGAAGAAAACUGCAAGCCACAGACCUGUACGUUGAAGGAUUUUCUCUGUGCCAAUGGGGACUGCGUUUCCUCCAGGUUUUGGUGUGAUGGGGAUUUUGACUGCACGGAUGGCUCUGAUGAGAGAAAUUGUGAAACUAGUUGUUCCAGAGAUCAGUUCCGAUGUUCCAAUGGUCAGUGCAUAUCAGCAAAAUGGACAUGUGAUGGUCAUGAAGACUGUAAAUAUGGAGAGGAUGAGAAGAACUGCGAUCCAGCUUCUCCUACUUGCUCAUCAAGUGAAUAUAUAUGUGCCAGCGGAGGAUGUAUUUCAGCAUCUUUGAAAUGUAAUGGAGAAUAUGACUGUGCUGAUGGUUCAGAUGAGAUGGACUGUGUGACUGAAUGUAAGGAAGAUCAGUUUCGAUGCAGAAAUAAAGCCCACUGUGUUCCAAUUAGAUGGCUGUGUGAUGGAGUUCAUGACUGUGUGGAUGGCAGUGAUGAAGAGAACUGUGACAGAGGAGGAAAUAUAUGUAGAGCAGAUGAGUUCCUUUGCAAUAAUUCCCUCUGCAAACUCCAUUUCUGGGUGUGCGACGGAGAGGACGACUGUGGAGACAACUCUGACGAAGCCCCGGACUUGUGUGUCAAAUUUCUUUGCCCAACCACAAGACCUUACAGAUGCAGAAAUAACAGGAUAUGCCUGCAGUCUGAGCAGAUGUGCAAUGGGAUUGAUGACUGUGGGGACAACUCAGACGAAGAUCACUGUGGUGGUAAGCUUACAUAUAAAGCAAGACCUUGUAAAAAAGACGAGUUUGCUUGCAGCAAUAAAAAGUGCAUACCCAUGGACCUCCAGUGUGAUCAGCUGGAUGACUGUGGAGAUGGUUCCGAUGAACAAGGCUGCAGAAUGUCUCCCAAUGAAUAUACCUGUGAAGAUAAUGUGAAUCCAUGUGGAGAUGAUGCAUAUUGUAAUCAAAUAAAAACAUCUGUUUUCUGUCGCUGUAAGCCUGGAUUUCAGAGAAACAUGAAAAACAGACAGUGUGAAGAUGUUAAUGAAUGUUUGGUCUUUGGCACAUGUUCCCACAAAUGUAUAAAUAUGGAAGGAUCGUAUAAAUGUGUGUGCGACCAGAAUUUUCAAGAAAGAAACAGCACCUGCAUAGCAAGAGGCUCUGAAGAUGAAGUUCUCUACAUUGCUAAUGACACUGAUAUCCUGGGUUUUAUAUAUCCAUUCAACUACAGUGGCGAUCAUCAACAAAUUUCUCAUGUUGAACAUAAUUCAAGGAUAACAGGGAUGGAUGUAUAUUAUCAAAGAGAUAUGAUUAUUUGGAGUACUCAGUUUAAUCCAGGCGGGAUUUUCUACAAAAGGAUCCAUGACAGAGAAAAAAGGCAAGCAAACAGUGGCUUGAUUUGUCCUGAAUUUAAAAGGCCCAGAGACAUUGCAGUUGACUGGGUAGCAGGAAAUAUUUAUUGGACUGAUCAUUCUAGAAUGCACUGGUUUAGUUACUACACCACCCACUGGACCAGUCUGAGGUAUUCUAUCAAUGUGGGGCAGCUGAAUGGCCCCAACUGCACCAGACUUUUAACAAAUAUGGCUGGAGAACCCUAUGCUAUUGCUGUAAAUCCUAAGAGAAGGAUGAUGUAUUGGACUGUUGUUGGGGACCAUUCCCAUAUAGAAGAAGCAGCCAUGGAUGGCACUCUAAGAAGAAUUUUAGUACAAAAGAAUUUACAGAGGCCCACAGGGCUGGCUGUGGAUCAUUUCAGUGAACGGAUAUACUGGGCUGACCUUGAGCUCUCCCUCAUUGGCAGCGUUCUGUAUGACGGCUCGGAUUCCGUGGUCUCCGUCAGCAGCAGACAAGGCUUGCUACAUCCACAUAGGAUUGAUGUCUUUGAAGAUUAUAUAUAUGGAGCAGGACCUAAAAACGGUGUAUUUCGAGUACAAAAAUUUGGCCAUGGUUCAGUAGAGUACCUAGCUUUAGAUGUUGGUAAAACAAAAGGUGUUUUAAUAUCUCAUCGCUAUAAACAACUAGACUUACCCAAUCCUUGUUUGGAUUUAGCAUGUGAAUUUCUCUGUUUGCUGAAUCCUUCUGGGGCCACCUGUGUGUGCCCAGAAGGAAAAUAUUUGAUUAAUGGCACCUGCAAUGAUGACAGCCUGUUAGAUGAUUCAUGCAAAUUGACUUGUGAAAAUGGAGGAAGAUGUAUUUUAAAUGAGAAGGGUGAUUUGAGGUGUCACUGCUGGCCUAGUUAUUCAGGAGACAGAUGUGAAGUAAACCACUGUAGCAACUACUGUCAAAAUGGAGGAACUUGUAUACCAUCCGCUCUGGGGAGACCCACCUGCCGCUGUGCGCUGGGGUUCACUGGACCAAACUGUGGCAAGAUGGUCUGUGAGGAUUUUUGUCAGAACGAAGGGACCUGCAGUGUGACUGCUGGGAACCAGCCUUACUGCCACUGCCCGCCUGAACACACGGGGGACAGGUGCCAGGACUAUGUGUGUCACCACUACUGUGUGAAUUCUGAAUCCUGUACUAUUGGGAAUGACGGAAGCGUUGACUGUGUCUGUCCAACACGCUAUGAAGGACCAAAAUGUGAGGUUGACAAAUGUAUAAGAUGCCACGGUGGGCACUGUGUUAUAAAUAAAGACAGUGAUGAUAUAUCUUGCAACUGCACCAAUGGAAAGAUUGCCUCUAGCUGUCAGUUAUGUGAUGGCUACUGUUACAAUGGUGGCACAUGUCAGCUGGACCCUGAGACAAAUGUACCUGUGUGUCUAUGCUCCACCAACUGGUCAGGCACACAAUGUGAGAGGCAAGCCCCAAAGAGCAGCAAGUCUGAUCAUAUCAGCACAAGAAGCAUUGCCAUCAUUGUGCCUCUGGUGCUCCUGGUGACUUUGAUAACCACCUUAGUAAUUGGGUUAGUGCUUUGUAAAAGAAAAAGAAGGACAAAAACUAUUAGAAGACAACCUAUUAUCAAUGGAGGAAUAAACGUAGAAAUUGGCAAUCCAUCUUAUAACAUGUAUGAGGUGGAUCAUGAUCACAAUGAUGGAGGUCUUCUAGAUCCCAGUUUUAUGAUAGAUCCAACAAAGGGCAGGUAUAUAGGGGGUGUGUCCAGUGCUUUCAAGCUUCCACAUACAGCGCCACCCAUCUACUUAAACUCUGAUUUGAAAGGACCACUAACUGCUGGGCCAACAAAUUACUCCAAUCCAGUGUAUGCAAAAUUAUACAUGGAUGGGCCAAACUGUCGAAACUCCUUAGGAAGUGUUGACGAAAGGAAAGAACUGCUUCCAAAGAAAAUAGAAAUUGGAAUAAGAGAGACAGUGGCAUAA